CACAAACAGAACCGCAAACAGCAAUUCACGUACUCAUACUUCUAGUGCAGGAGGUAGAUUCGGAAACGCAGGACCACCGAUGGGACAAAGACAGCUGUUCGAUUCUUCGUAUAGAAACCCUCAAUCGCAGGAAAUAGGAACAAUUGGAAUGCUCAACAGUCCAGACAAGAACUACGACAAGGAUAAACUACCCUUCAAUCAGGAGGCCAGCAUGAACAGUAGCGGGCUUCUUGGCGGCGACAGCCUUUUGGGUGAACACGAGGUGAGGUCGCCGCCGCAAAGAGUGCAGAGCAGUUUUGGGUCUGCGUUUGAUGAAUCAUCAGGCGGACAAGGACCUGGUUCAUCGGUGAGAAGGAAGAACAGUAAGCCUUUGCUAGUGGGAGUUGGAGGCGUUGGCAAUAAAGACCCUACAGCAGAUUUGUUUUUAUCGCCUUUGAAUAAUGGAGGUGGAGAAAAGCAUCAAUCAGGCGAGAGCCGGAACAAGCCAUCGUCCUCAUCCAACAAUCCUGCUGCCUUAUCCGUCGUUGAUAUCCCAGGAGCUGGCAUCACUGCGAUCGGUGGAUCAUCAUCAUCAUCAUCGUCAACUACAGGAGGUGCCCAAGAACAUUCGGCGGUCGUGGG